UUAUGAUUGGACUUUUUGCCUCCUUACACACACUGCUUGACACAGACCUACUUCUGUCGCGUGCCAACAUUCUGGUGUUGACGCUGCAGGAUAUCAAGUUUUUCUUCCAGACUGUCAGAGCAAAAUGAAAAGAGGAGGAAGGAAGAGCAAGGACUAACCUUGAGAUCCAGGGAGGUUUUCUCUUGGCUUCCUGUACUCAAUGGUUUUCCCCUCACGUCACGUGACCAACAUUUCGCAACGCGCUCGGUUUUUUUGCUCGUCACAGAAACGGUAGUCAGAGGAGAGCAACAAAGUUCAUGCCAGUUGGAGAAUACGAGGAAAUGCAGCGGAGUUAUGGCGGUGAAUUGAAUUGAAGAGAUCACUUUCAGGUUUGGCAGUUUCAUGCUAGCUGAAGCCAAAUCCACAUUCUUAAGAUGAAUUUUUCUUUGGGGUCCAGUAUGAACACCACUACCGCCGUGCCCUUCUCGCCUUCUCCCAACAACGUCUCGGCUCGCAUUGGCACCGCCAUCCUGAUCCUGGCGUUCCUGCUGGGUUUCCCUGGCAACAUGUUCGUCGUCUGGUCGGUGCUCUGCCGGGUGAAGAAGCGCUCGGUGACGUGCUUGUUGGUGCUGAACCUGGCCGUGGCCGACGGCUUCGUGCUGCUCAGCGCCCCGCUGUUCAUUCGGUUCCUGGUGGCAGGACGGGGCUGGGAGUUUGGCUCGGCGGCGUGCAAGCUGGUGCAUUACCUGUCGAGCGUGAACAUGUACGUGUCCAUCUACCUGAUCUGUCUCAUGAGCAUGGACCGCUGGCUGGCCGUCACGAGGCCCUUCAUGUCUCAGAGAAUGAGGACCAAGCGCUCCCUGCUCCUCCUCCUGUUUGGGGUCUGGGUGUUGGCUUUCCUCCUGUCACUACCAAUGCCGUUCUAUCGCAGUAUUAUAAAGAUGCAUAUAAGAAACAGCAGCAUAAGCAUUUGCAUGCCAUACCACUGGGGGAGCAUGUGUCACCCGGUCUUCCAGUACCUGUUUGAGACCGUCAUGGGCUGCUUGGUUCCCUUCUCGCUCAUCAGCACCUGCUACUCCUCCGUCAUAUGCAGACUGCAAAGUGCCAAGUUCCAGCGCCGAGGACAAGGCAGUCGUCUCAUCCUGCUGAUCAUCGUCACCUUUGCCAUUUUCUGGCUUCCCUAUCACGUCGUCAACAUCAUUGAGGUGGCUUGUUUGCUGAAGAACGAUAACCUGGGGAAGCCCUGCUCUCCCAGCGCUCGGCCCAACGUCACAGCCUUCGCCUACUUCAGCAGCGCGGUGAACCCCAUCCUCUACGUGUUCGCCGGCAGCUCCCACAUCCGCCAGGCCGGGCUCAGCUUCAUGGGCCGGCUCUUCGAGGCCACCAACUCGGAGAGCAGGACCACGUCCACCAUCGCCCGCAGCGGCCGCAGCGGCUCUUCGCCGGACGAGAGCGCCGUCCUGUACUCGCUGUCGACCAAAAUCGGGAAGCCUUUCAAAGGAAAGGGCAAGGAGAGAAGCAGCAGCCUGGCGGGCAAGGAAGCUAACGAACCAGCGCUCAAAACUCUUGCCACGGUCGAACAGUUAGAAUAGCACUUGAGCUGUUUUAUAGAUACUACAAAGAGGAAAGUAGCUUUUAAAAAAAAAAAUUAAGCCUUCUGGUUUUGAGAUUCAUUGUUUUUUGUUAAAACUGGGAAAUAUUACUGUGCCUGAAACAACGUACCGGUAAGUUAUAAUGUAUUUAAAUCUUGUUAUAAACAUUAAUGCUGCACUGAACUUUUUUAUGCAUUAGAAAUAGGACUUCAUGUGAAAUAGCGGUAACAGAGCAGUAGAUUCAAACUUUGUAUGUAUAUUUUUUUUAAUCGAAUUGUGUACACAAGAGUGAAAUUGCUUUGAUUAUUUAAAAAGAAAAACAUUUUGAUAUUAAACUAUCGUCCCGACACCUUA